AUGGAUCUCUCGAAACUCACUCGUCCGGCGAUUCUCUGUCAGUGCUCGCGCUGUUCCAGCUCGUUGGCCGCACUUGAAAAUGAUUGGGCAAAGCUAUCCAAUUCCUAUUCCGUGGCGGCUGGGUGGCUGAGCGUCGAGCUCCAUCGCAUAUCGAUCUCUUCGGAAAGAAAACAAAUUCCGCAGUCUUCGGAUUUGAGUAUUCUGCGGGGCCGGAUCCUCCAAGAAAUUGCCUGCAAGCUCUGUCAGCAGAAGCUGGGAGUGUUGUGCGCGCUGGAAAUUGGCCCCAGCAUCUUUUGGAAGCUGUCAAAGGUUUCGUUUAGGGAGAUUGUCACGAUGCGCACGGUGGAGCCUUCAUUUAAAGACGGGGCGCUCGAACAGUUGAUGAAAACUACACCGAAAGAAUCGGCGAGACGAGACCGAAACUCCAUUCAGCAAGGGGCUUUGGUAUCAGUGGGACAAAAUGCAGUGGACCUUCAGAAUGGGUCGAUGGAACAACAACUUCAACACCAGGGUCUAAGCAUCGACCAUAUCUCGAGUUCUGUCAACAAUCUUCAUGAUACUAUGUCCGAGUUAAAACAUGCUUUUACGGCCCUUCGCAUCGAGCUGAAUGGCCCAGGUAGAUUUCCUAAUAUGGAGAGCUCCUCGGGUGGGGAUUUCAACAUGAUCACGACCUUGCUGAAGGAGCUUAAAUUAAAGUCAGAUGAAAUCGAAAGGCUGAAGUUGGAAAUCGAGGCAUUGAAGCUGAGAAAUCGAUAUGCGGAGGAGCAAACUGCGAAGCAACCAGCACUCAUAUUAGCGCCCCCUGACGUGCUACCUCAAGUUCAGAGCCCAGGUCUACUUCACGGAAGCAGGAAACGGCCAUUACCUGACUCGUUCGAUGCUGGCGGUCGAACCAACCCCAUUGCAGACUCCUUCGAUGAUGACGACGACGACGAUAGCAUCGGUGAUUUCUUCCUGGAGGACCACGCCAUCCCACCAGUGAAGGUCCCUCUGAAGGCGCCUAAACCCAAUCACAUGGACGGCACAACGAACGAGCCUGCACCAUUCGACUCUCCAAACAUUCGCAUCGAAGUCAGCCAAUUGAGAAAGCACCCUCUGCUUAGUGACAAUGAUAAACCCAAUACGCACCCUCAACUGCACCAGUCACCCAACAAACGGCCUCGUUUGCCCCAGUCUACGGAGCGACCCUCAUCGAGUGGACAGGUCGAGAAAAGAAAGGUCGGACGUCCACGUAAAUCCACCGGUCAAACCACAAGUCCCGAUCUUUCCCAAGUAACGAAACUUACACCCUUGUCCGAACAGAACGGCAAUGCUCACAGUGUUACCCAACCGGAAUCCCUACCGCCGUAUCCAAGCCCUAGCGACCCCUCGAGUUCCAAGGAGAACCGCCGUUCACGGUCACGGAGCUUACGCAGCAGGUCUCGGCCCCCAUCAAUGGCGCCGAGCAAUCGAAGGGGCCAGAACGGGGAUAGUGACGCGCAGGAUCAAGCGCAGACCCUGAAGGGCUCUAUCCAAACUGAAGGGCAGAAAGGUUCCGGAAGAAAGGUCUCAUCGUCCAAGUCGAAUGGUGAGAAUACAGUCGAAUCCAACGAGAAACGCAAGGCACAGGUCGCUACGCGAGAUGCUAUGGCGCGAUUAGCGAUGCAACGUGAAGAGGCGUUGGAGACGGAGGCUAGGUGA